CUUGUUGCCUGACAAAUACAGCAAAGGAAAAUUAUUUUAAAAGGAAGUAUUUAAUUUCAAGGGGGGAUUUUGAAUUUUACGUGCCAAUGCAGUAAAUAUUGCUGAGUGUCUUGCAAUGGACAUGCACAUGAGGAAGAGAGAGGUAAUCAUGACCUAAAUAUCUGGGCUUGAGUCAUACAAGCCCUCUAUGGGCUCAGUGGAGAAAGAGUACCCUCUGUCUGUUUAUUGAAUGGAAGAGCGAACUGUUUUAUAGGGAAUUAUGGAGCUAAUGUUGAACUAGCAUUGUCUUAUUGAUCUGCUUUUUUAAAAUUAUGAUUUAUUAGGAAUAAGGCAGCAGUGACAGUUUUUAUGCCUCUGUGACAUUUGGGGAUGCAAUCUAAACCAGCAAGUGGUUAUACCACCGUCUGCCCUACAACCCUGGGUGCAUUAAAUGCUCUACUGGUGCGGUUUACAGCCCAGACACCAACAGCUAGCAGACAAGGAGGCAAUCCCCUGAGCGUCGGUAUACUUUGCAGAUCUGAUUCAGCACCCUGACCCCAGCAGCGUGCCUACCACACAUCAGUCCCAUAGGUUAAGUGAUACCAAGUAGAAGUAAUAAGGGUUAAGAGAGGGUUACAAACAAACAAAAGUAGGAAUGUGCUUCUAAGACUAAAACUUAAUUUCAGCCAGUUACAAUCUUUGCCUAAGCAGGUUUUUCCCUAUAAUCAAUUUUAUACAUGGGGGAAAUCUGCGCAACUGUGGGCAUGCAGAAUUCAUGUCCCCUACAGAUUUCUUUGCUUCCCUGGAUAAAAAAUGACUUUCUGAUGGGGAAGCAAAGGGAAGCCACAAGACCAUUCACAUGCCCCUCCACAGCAGCACAGACACGUCCUUUUGGAUGCCCAGAAAGGGGGGGGGGGACCCCUCCCAUGAGUCUCACCCCCCCUGCACCCAGAACCCCCCCCACCAAGCCCCCGGCACCCAAACCCCAACCCUGCUGAGCCCCACCUGCAUGUGGUCCUCCUACUGAGCCCCAACCCCCCUGCAUCCAGACCCUCCAUAUCCAGAACCCCCCCAAACCCUCCCACACCCAAACUUCCACGCUACCAAGUCCCACCCCGCUGCACCCAGAACCCCACACCAAGCCCUCUGCACCUGACCCCGACCCCUGCACCCAGACCACCCCCAGCUGAGUCCCCAUCACUCAAACCCCCACCCUGAUGAGCCACACCCCUUAUGCACCUGGACCACCCUGAUGAGCCCCCCCACACCCAGACCCCCACCCCACCAAGCCCCAAGCACCUGGACCCCCUGCUGAGCUCCAUUCCCCCCAUACACAGACCCCCCGUUUAGUCCCAACCACCUUCACCUGUACCCCCCUGCAGAGUCCUAUUGACCCUGCACCCAGAACCCUCCCAACGACCACCUAUGCCCCCAGACCUCCCACUGAGCCAUUCGCACCCACAUAGAACCCUCUCACCCCACACCUGGAUCUUGCCAGGCUGAGCCUGCCUGCCCACACCUGGUGCCGAGGAGCUUGGACCCCCAGGUGUUUCUGGGGCAGGCCCAGCCCUUGCGCUGUGUCAAGGUUGUGUGCAGCCUCACCAUCAAGUCUGUGUCCCAGGGAGGGCAGGGGGCUGCAGAGUAAUCUUCCACCUCCCUGUAGCUCCCCACUGCUGGAGCCUCCACAUUUAUUUAUUGACAAAUAAAAUUUGCAGAAUUUUAAAAUAUUGUGUGCCAAAUUUUUAUUUUUGGAGGGUAGAAUUUUAUUUAUUUAUUUAUUUAUUUUUGGUGCAGAAUUCUUUCAGGAGUAGCAAACAUGACAAGAAUUGCUGACACGGUAGUGAACCACAAAUGGUCCUCUGUGUUACAGCCACCCACUAGUGGAAAAAUCUCUAGACUGAAGAAGAACUGUAGAUCUUAAGUAUCUGCGAGAUUAUUUAAAUACAUUGAAAAAAAAUAAUUUUCAACUCAGCCUUCAGCACUCACUUUGACCUUAUAUCCUGAGCAGAUCUGUAGGUUGUACUUGGAUAAACUACUUUGUCCUUCAGGCUCCAGCCAAAGGCCAAUCAAUCCCCUCCUGGGAUCUAGGCUAUCCAGUCUCAGCCACCCAACCUAUAAGCCAGUACCUGAUCCAACAAUGUUUAAAUGUGGCUUUGGGACUGGGCUGUGACCCUUUUGGUCUUGCUCUGCAACUCUGCAUCUUUUUCACCAAUCUGUUCUACAUCUACAGCUAAAGCAAAGGCAGCUGCAUACACGGUCCCCACCAUUUCUAUAAACACCAACUGGCAGAAUACUUAGGACACCUAUGCAGGGAUGGCUUCACUCACACCCUGUGGUUCCCAUUUGUCUCACUUCCCAUCUCAGAUAUCACCAAGGGGCAGCACUGAGCCUACAAUGCUAGUUUCAGUAGUUUCCCGUUUUGUUAACAGUGCUCAUCUCACAGCAGCCUUUGCAUUCUGCUAAGUCUCCUCUCCAAGGACACAAAGGAAAAGAUCUAGAACCCUUGAGGAUGACCAGCCUUAAGGCUGAGGGCAAACUCAACACAUUGUACGCAAGGUAAAUGAAUUACUCCAUUGUUAGAGACAAAGUUUAAUUAUUUAUGGAACAGCUUUGCAACAAUUUUUCAAUCUCUUAUCAGGGCUCAAAGGUUAACUCUGGUAGCGGAGAAUCAGGAAAACACCAGUGAAAUAGAGGCCAUGAAUAAAAGAGUGCAUGCCAGUUGGGUGGUGGAGUCUUUUGCAUCAUUGGCUGUCCCUACCCAAGUCUCCCCAUUGGAUGUUUUCCUCAACAAUUCCCAAAUGAAUGACUACUGCAAUCACUAGAAAUUUUGCCUGAGUAAAGACAACAGAAUUUGGCUCUCUCUCCCAGCUUCUAUUUUGCUUUUCAUUCUGCUUUCUGUCUUUUCCUCUGCUCUUUCCUGUUUCCUAACAGCCUGCCUGAAACCACAGACAGCCAAUUGCUUCUUCCUUACCCCCUCUCCUAGGCCCUAGAUCCUCUUGUUCUCAUCCACCCUGCUCACAGGCACCCAAGGCUUCACUGAGCAGCAAACUGAAGCUACUAGAGAGCAAACUGUACUUAUCAGUUGAGCUCUGCCCCUAUUUGCCUCCAACAACAAAAUGCAAUUAAGAGAUAGAGCAUUUAUAGUUUGUUCAUUUCAAUCCCCCCUUCCCCAGGAGUAGUGAAAGGGAAGUCAAAUUAACACUUAAACACAAAAGCAUGUUAAUAUCAGUUGGCUGCUCCACUCAGAACAGCUGGGGAGUGGAAAAGAAAUCUGAGCUGAAAAAGAAGUGCCUGUACUUACACAAGCAGUACUUACCCAAUCCAGUUUCCUGCAGGGAGAAAUCAACCUGGAGACGAGUCUAUUUGCAAGGGGCCUAUGUCAAGGCAGCUUUGGAACACACGGGAAUUAUGCAAAUUGUUCUGAGAUUGCCCCACUCCAUGAUUGGUUCAGGUAUGUCCAGCCUGCACAUCUGAUCAUGGCUUAGCCCUGGUCUACACUAGGACUUUAGGUCGAAUUUAGCAGCGUUAAAUCGAUGUAAACCUGCACCCGUCCACACAAUGAAGCCCUUUAUUUCGACUUAAAGGGCUCUUAAAAUCGAUUUCCUUACUCCACCCCUGACAAGUGGAUUAGCGCUUAAAUCGACGUUGCCGGCUCGAAUUUGGGGUACUGUGGACACAAUUCGAUGGUAUUGGCCUCCGGGAGCUAUCCCAGAGUGCUCCAUUGUGACCGCUCUGGACAGCACUCUCAACUCAGAUGCACUGGCCAGGUAGACAGGAAAAGAACCGCGAACUUUUGAAUCUCAUUUCCUGUUUGGCCAGCGUGGCAAGCUGCAGGUGACCAUGCAGAGCUCAUCAGCACAGGUGACCAUGAUGGAGUCCCAGAAUCGCAAAAGAGCUCCAGCAUGGACCGAACGGGAGGUACGGGAUCUGAUCGCUGUUUGGGGAGAGGAAUCCGUGCUAUCAGAACUCCGUUCCAGUUUUCGAAAUGCCAAAACCUUUGUGAAAAUCUCCCAGGGCAUGAAGGACAGAGGCCAUAACAGGGACCUGAAGCAGUGCCGCGUGAAACUGAAGGAGCUGAGGCAAGCCUACCAGAAAACCAGAGAGGCGAACAGCCGCUCUGGGUCAGAGCCCCAAACAUGCCGCUUCUAUGAUGAGCUGCAUGCCAUUUUAGGGGGUUCAGCCACCACUACCCCAGCCGUGUUGUUUGACUCCUUCAAUGGAGAUGGAGGCAAUACGGAAGCAGGUUUUGGGGACGAAGAAGAUGAUGAUGAGGAGGAGGUUGUAGAUAGCUCACAGCAAGCAAGCGGAGAAACCGGUUUUCCCGACAGCCAGGAACUGUUUCUCACCCUAGACCUGGAGCCAGUAAACCCCCGAACCCACCCAAGGCUGCCUCCUGGACCCAGCAGGCGGAGAAGGGACCUCUGCUGCAUGUGUUUCAAUGAUCACAGGAUCUUCUCCUUCCCAGAGGCUAGUGAAGCUUAGAAAGAAAAAAAAACGCACUCGCGAUGAAAUGUUCUCCAAGCUCAUGCUGUCCUCCCACACUGACAGAGCACAGACGAAUGCAUGGAGGCAAAUAAUGUCAGAGUGCAGGAAAGCACAAAAUGACCGGGAGGAGAGGUGGCGGGCUGAAGAGAGUAAGUGGCGGGCUGAAGACAGGUCUGAAGCUCAAAUGUGGCAGCAGCGUGAUGAGAGGAGGCAGGAUUCAAUGCUGAGGCUGCUGCAGGACCAAACCAGUAUGCUCCAGUGUAUGGUUGAGCUGCAGCAAAGGCAGCUGGAGCACAGACUGCCACUGCAGCCCCUCUGUAACCAACCGCCCUCCUCCCCAAGUUCCAUAGCCUCCACACCCAGACGCCCAAGAACGCGGUGGGGGGGCCUCCGCCAACCAGCCACUCCACCACAGAGGAUUGCCCAAAAAAAAGAAGGCUGUCAUUCAAUAAAUUUUAAAGUUGUAAACUUUUAAAGUGCUGUGCUUAAAGUGCUGUGUGGCAUUUUCCUUCCCUCCUCCACCACCCCUCCUGGGCUACCUUGGUAGU